AUGCCGUCGUAUAACCAUCGACCGAUUGACCCUCCGGAAAAACUUGCGCCAACACCCCAGACUCCGGACCGGGAUCUCACGGCUGACAAGCCUGACCUUGCUCAGGUCCGCGAAUCAAUUGUGGCAGGCGGUAGUCGCAGAGGGUCUCGGACCGAGGCAAGCGACAUCGAGAGCUCUCCCAAACCCGCUACGCCCUCCCUCCGGAGUCGGACGGGGACCUUGUCCUGGCAGCAACGGCCAUCCUCGCGAGACCUCAAUAGAUUCUCUUUCUCGACGUCCCCAACCCGCGAGGGUCGCUUUAGCAGAGCCAUGUCAAUUACUUCAAAUGAUGAUCGUGGAUCGUCUCAAAGCCCGGGUACUCGCUCGCAUAUAACUAGGGAUAGCUUCCCCCUGCGCCAUUCGGAACGAGACGCUGGUUCCCCUACCCCGACGCCAAUGACGAGGGCCGAAGAGAAUGCGCAAGCCACCGCUAUUCCGGAUGGAGAGCUUCACGAGACCAAAGCGAACGAAGACAGUGCGGUAGAAGCGGAGAAGGACAACAGCCAUCCAGAAGUUGCAGAGGAGCAUUCGCCGUCUGGGUCAAGGACAAGCUCAGCGUUUGCAGAGAGCAGCGUUGGCAAUCAGUAUUCCAGCGCGUCUUCGGUUUCGACAGCUACCGGGCUUGGUUCACCCGCGCGCUUGCCAAACACGCCAAAGUUCGAGCCUCAGCAAUCGGAGCCUAUCCCCGAAGACCCAGUAAUAACGCCAUUGUCACCGAGGCGGCUCUCUCCCGAGCGAUCCACAUCGCCAACCAAAGGACUAGGUGGAUUCGUGCAGAGUGCCAUGAUGAAGCGCUCUGACAGUGUAUCCAAGCGUUGGAGUGCGCAGCUUCCAUCUGGCCUCAUGAGGGGCAACUCCUUCGCUAGUAACCGCAACAGCUUUGCGGCACCCUCGAACGCCGAUUCAUUCCCGCCGUUGUCUCCUACCAGGCUAAGCCGGAGUGGGACACUGUCAUCGCAACGGCCUGGCUCGAGCCAUGGAGGAACCGUCUCACCACAUCGACCUACGUCGAGCCACAGUGAAGCGACAAUCGUCCAUGAGAAUGAACGCCCCGCCACUCCACCAGACCCCAUGAGCGACCUCCGUAUGGUGGCAGAUGAAGCCCCCAGCCGGUCACCUCUUGCUCAUCAUAAAAGGUCCACCAGCGCCUUGGGCAACGAGCUGAAAGCGGACGCCAGCCCCAUUUCAACCAGUCCGGUUGUCUCACGGACAAUGGAUCCCAAACGUUGGAGCCCGACGAAGGCUACUUGGCUGGAGAGUGCUCUGAAUCGGCCGGAGUCGCCGAGACAUAAAAGACAGCCCUCCCAGCAGGCCAGCUGGGUCAAAGAGCGACAGUCACGCGGCAGUGUUGAUCUGGGCCGGGUGAAUAGUUUCAAAGAAGUGACUCCAGUCGGUCUCAUGCGAACAGCUGCACCUGGUAGCCACGGCAAAACUUCUAGCAUUUCUGGGCUUCCUGACGUGUUCGGUAUCCUAGACGCGAGUAAGACCAAAGAUGAGCCUGCGGAGAGUAUGCAAACCAGCUCGGAGGAAACGGCUCAGACGCCCAUGGAUGACGCCAUCAAAGAUAAGGCUGAUGAAAAGGUCCCUGGAAAGGUCGAUGAAGUGGUCGAAGAGAAAAUGGAAGGGGUCGAGGAAAACACCAAAGAGACGCCAGACGAGAAGUUCGGGGGAAAGCUUGAGCAAAACGCCGAAGAGCAGAUCGGGAUGAACGGUGAUGUGACUCGCAAGCGCGCGCCUUCAUUGUUGGUGCCCAGUCCAAAAUCGGUUGAUGCACCUCUCUCAUCGCCCCGGGAUCCGCUCCUCAACCGUCCAAAACCACAAUCACCCGUCAUAGAUUUUCGGGCCAACCUCCGAAAGCGAGAAGUCAUUAAGGACCAGUCUCCAAAGGAAGAACCAGAAUUCAAGAAUGUUUUUGGUCGACUGAGAAAAGCGGAAGCCUCGAACUACGUCGCCCCCGACGAGCUGAAAGAAAACAUCUUGAAAGGGAAAGCGGCACUCAACGCGACUGGGGGUCCAAAAAAGUCCCAAAGGAUCGAUGAACUAAAGGAGAGUAUCCUGAAACAGAAGGACGCCAUGAAGGCCAACGGAGGAUCUUUAAGGCGCAACACCGCCGGCGAAAACGAUGCUCCUAUGAAAGUUGUGCCCGAGGCGAUUGCAGUGCGCCAAAACCUGACCAAGUCCAGCAGUGCUCGGAGUAACCCUUCUUCUCCUUCCCGCCAGGAGCCUACGACUCCGCGGGACUUGCGGGAUCAACAAGCACCUCUCACCUCCCAGGAAUUCGAACAACUAGGUAACCCUCCGAGCCCGGAAGUGACACCUGUCGAACAUGGCCACGCCCAGGACGACUUGACGGCCGCUGUUGCUGACCCUUCCGUCACCGAAGAGGCAACUGAAAGCAAAGAGCAUGAUAUGGUGGAUAUUUCAGGCAAACCGGGCCCAGAAGCAACGGCGGAGACAUCUAUCAUGAAGACCCCCAAACCGGUGCGUGCUCCGCCAUCGGAGAGCGUCGUCCAGGAUACAACCGAGCCUGCGGCGACUGAAGGUCCUGCCACUAAAGGUAAACUUGCAGGCAGAAUCAAUCCUGCGUUAGCGGGCCUCCUAUCCCGCGGUCCUCCGCCUUUGAUGGGUAGCCCUCAAAGCGCAUCGUCCCGUGCCAGUGUCUCCAAACAGAACGAUUCUGAGCCGACAGUUCCCCUGACACACAUGACGAAGAACCGCGCCCGGGGACCAAAAAGACGCCCGCCAAAGACACUUGCCUCCGAAACUCAAGACGAAACGGCCGAAGAGAGUGUAUUCGAUGACCAUUCAGCACUGCCUCAUGCUCACAAGGAACCUGAAACGAGCUCUUGGCCAAUCGAGUACCCAACGAGUAGCUCUAACUGGCCUCUUACUGAGGCUUCGCCGGUUAUUCCUGGUUCCAUUGAUCCUGCUCCGCCAACUACUCUGGAUACAAAUACAAGGGAUUUCAUAAGGAGCAAAUCUCCCGGCUUUGAUGGCGAUGGAAAGAGUUGCGAAACCAGUACUACACCAGCCGCAGCGUCGGAUGUCUUUCCCGCACCUUCUGAGUCCGAAGUGCUGGACGUCGAAAAUUUGGGGGACUCGCCGUCGAUAAAGCCCGCCCUUCCGGCAAAAUCCAUUCCAUCAACCACGACACCCACCCGGCUUAGCCAGGGACGGAGCUCACAAUUAUAUCAUUCGUCACCGUCACCGUCUCCUCUCAGAACAAGCUUCAGAGAAAACCAAACCCUCACAUCUCCUGCGACUAACUGGAGGAGCACCGUUAGCCCUGCGCCCUCUGGUUCUUUCGGCUCGUCGCCAAGAGAAAAGGCCUUACCCUCACCACCUGUGCCUCCGAAAUUCAACAUUGCUGUGGACCAGCCCUCAUCGCCGCGUUCGUCAGGCUCUUUAGUUCCCCAGGCCGAUGAGUCCUUGGAGGCUAUCUCUGCUUUCUUCAAGACAUUUCCCAAAUCAAGUGACCGUGUCAAUAUCGAUCCGCAGCUAAUGCUGCUCGGUAAAAAUGACAAUCAGAAAAUCAGGACACUGAAGAAGCAGAUAUGGGAGAUCACUGGCGAUGGGAAGCGACAGGACCUGCCAGCAAACCAAGAAUACAUCCUCUACGAAGGUAGUAUGUAUCUAUGCGUCCAUGCGUUUGAAUUAGACGGCAACAUACGCUCUGAGGCCCACCUCUGGUGCGGCGAUGAUGUUCCGGACGCGGCAGUUGAUGAUGCGCACUCUUUCUCGCGAAAAGUGGCUAAGGACAACGGGUGCAAGCUGGAGACUAUCAAACAAGGCAAGGAGACCGCGCGUUUCAUCCAGGCUCUUGGAGGAAUCCUGAUCAUCCGUCGGGGCUCUAGCUCCCGGUCUAGUUCGUCGGCCUUCUUCAUGCUGUGCGGGCGCAAACACUUGGGGCAAAUGGUAUUUGACGAGGUGGACUUCUCUCGGCGCAAUUUGUGCUCUGGAUACCCGUUUGUUAUCUCAGCUAUGUUCGGCAAACUGUACCUUUGGAAAGGAAAGGGAAGCUCGGCUGAAGAGGUUGGGGCCGCUCGGCUGAUCAGUAUGGACCUCGGGUUGACGGGUGAGUUCGAAGAGGUGGCCGAGAGCGAUGAGCCCGAUACCUUCUUCGAUGCUUUCACCCAUGAUGGAGAAAAGGGAGACUACAUGCGUUCUGAUUACUGGCCACUGAAGCCGAAUCACGAACAUUUUCGUCUAAGAUUACUUCGUGUCGACCACGAAUUGGGCCAGCGCUCUGGGUUCUGGCUCCGGCGGUCUGGGUCGUCUUCUCCUAUCAUCCGGCCUAACGAUACAGUUCAGGAAGUUGAGCCCUUCUGCCAACGAGACAUCACAUCUAGGGGCAUCUACGUCCUCGACGCCUUCUUCGAAAUCUAUGUGAUUGUUGGAGAGCAUGCGUCGAAUCGACCGGCGGAAUUUGCCUCAGCGGUCAUUUUUGCCCACGAGUAUGGGAUACUGGCAGCUUCACUGCAGGAUCGGCCCUUUAUCCCCAAGAGCUUUGUGUCGCUUGGAGGAAUUCCCGAUUCGUCUCGCAGUAUGUUCCGCAAGUGGAGACCGCGCACCUCGCGAAUUCCUCCCCAGGUUUUCCCACUUGAUGCCGCCAUAGACGCCAUUAGGACGUAG